AUGUUUGCAGUCGAUUUUGUAGUUGAGGAACCUGCGCUGCGACAUUCCAGGGUUGAAGGCAAUCCCUCCAGCGAGAGUUCUGUUCAGCAGGAAUCCGUUAAGGAGCCACAGCCUCGUGAGCUGUCAAGAGAUGUGCCAUUGCAUGAUGUAUCAUUGUUGCUGGCUGGACAUGCCUUGUCUGGUGCGCAUGUCAAGCCACCACUGUGUCGAACACUGAGAGAACCUGAGGAUAACUCAAUCUUCUGGACCAGAGAAUCAGCCGAAUUGAUGAGAUACUUCAUCGAUAAUUGUGCUUGUUUCUUUGACUUCAGCGACGCCAAGAGACACUUUGCCUACGAGGUUCCGCUGAGAGCUCGCCAAAAUGCAACAUUAGCCAAUGCUAUGCUGGCACUGGCUGCUCGGCACCGAAGUCGGGCAGACGCAUCUGAAACCUUUGCAGCCGAUCAAUAUUACAACGCGUGUCUUCAAACGAUGAUACCAAGGCUUGGAGAUAAGUCUGCGAUCGAAGACGACGAGCUUCUUGCAGCCAUAGUCAUUCUGAGACUAUUGGAAGAAAUGGACGUACCGAUAGUGGGAUCAGAUCAUCAGAAACACCUCUUCGGGACCCAAGCAAUUAUCACGGCGUCGCAGUCUCGCUCGGAAAUACCAGUAACAGCAUUGAGAAGAGCGUGUUAUUGGGCGGCCUUUCGCCAGGAAAUAUUCAUGUCUCUCACUGCGCAACGACCGUUCAAUCUUAUUCUACCUGAUAUGGAGCCGCCUACAAGUCCUUCUGACGAUUGGUCGUGGACACUUCAAGCGACGUAUCAGUGUGGCAAGGUAGAAUCUUUCGUCUUUGGCGAGGAGUCUGUGACCAUGUCAAGGUAUCUUGAAUUGAUGGAUGAUAUCGAGACGUGGCAAAGAGAGCGUCCGGUCUCAUUUGACCCUGUAUACCAGGAGACUGGUAGGCUUGAGAACUCCUUUCCAGAUAUCCAAAUUCAUAUGGAUUGUCACGUGAUGGGUUGGCAAUACAUCACAAUGGCACAUCUGUUGCUCAAUGUCCACUGUCCAUUGCCCCGCGUCGGCCCGGCUCACAAGCUAACGAUGACGGACAUGGAAAAGGUCAUUCAAAAGGACGUCAGGACAUUGUGUGGAAUAGCUCAGUCAAAUCCACACACCCCUCCGGCGAGUCUUGUGGCCUGCAUGGCUAUUGCACUGUGCAAUCGGGGAUCGUUUCGAUUCCAGGUCCGAGCAGGGGCUUCUGAGAGAUCUUCUCGUUCGAACAGAGCUCCGCACAGGGUGGCCAACUUGCAUGGCACGGGAACAGCUCGAACGGACGUGGAAUUCAACAUGAAAGACCCCGCACCACCCAAAUUGACACGAGGAGAGUUUGGGGACCCGAUGUUUGCGUCGGAGGCUAACUAUUUUGGAAUCAUUUCCGGUUACAAUCCCCGUCCUGCAAACCUCCGAUACGUCUACCUUCUGACUGCUUUCGUGUCAUUGGGUGCUCUUCUGUUCGGUUAUGACCAGGGUGUAAUGGGGAUCAUAGUUGCGGAUAAUCGUUGGAUGCAUCUUAUGAAACCAGCCAAUUCCUGGGUCACUGGUGCUGUCGUGUCGCUAUACGACAUAGGGUGCUUUCUGGGGGCGAUGAGCAUUGGAUACCUGGCAGAUCAAUGUGGCCGAGAACGAACCUUGUCUAUUGCCAGCACCGUGUUCUGCAUUGGAGCCGUGAUUCAGGCUGCGUCUUAUGACAUUCCGACCAUCACCAUUGGACGCGUCAUACUUGGAUACGGAGUAGGAGCGUGUGCCGCCGGUGUGCCACUUUACGUUUCAGAGAUUGCUCCAGCGGGUUUGCGCGGCCGAAUAAUUGGUAUCGAGCAGAUGAUCCUGUGCUUUGGGGAGCUGAUCGCCUUUUGGCUAGAUUACGGCUUUGCAUAUCUGGACACUUCUGACUGGUGGCGCAUCCCUUUGGCCAUCCAGAUCCUUCCCGCUGCUGUCCUGGCAGUCGGGUGCUGGUCUUGGGUUCCUCCGAGCCCGCGCUGGCUUGUGCAACAAGAUCGACAUACAUGCGCGCGAGAGGUGCUUGCGAGGCUUCACGGCGACCAAGCCGCGGAAAUCGAAAUACAAGAAAUUGCCGAAAGAGUGGCCUUUGAGAAGACGGUUGCGGUCACUACCUGGAGAGACAUGUUCACAUGGCCCGUCCUGCGUGUCACACUAGUCGGCACCGGUGUGCAAUUCUUCCAGCAGAUAACAGGCACCAAUUCCAUUCUAUAUUAUACUCCAAGUCUGUACGAGCGUGGCGGGAUCACCUCUGCCCAUACACGCAACUUGGCGACGGGGGGUGUCGGAAUUGUCUUGUUCGUCUUCGCUUGGAUUCCCAUUUUUGUUUUCGACAGACUCGGACGAAAGACUUGGCUUCAAAUCGGUGUCAUCGGAAUGAUGGGUGCGAUGAUUGGGAUCACAGUCCUCCAGUGGCACGCGGGGAAAUACCCGGGUGCGAAGGGCAAUUAUGCAAUUGUCGUGUUCCCGUAUUUGUUCUAUGUCUUUUUCAACAUCAGUUGGGGAGUCGGCAGUUGGACGUAUGCCAGCGAGAUAUGGCCGGUUGCGUUGCGGGCGAAGGGAAACGCGUUGAGCACCAUGAGCUUGUGGGCAGGAUGUUAUAUCGUUGCGCAGGCCAGUCCUCCAGUCGGAGACGCGAUUGGCUGGGGCUUGUACAUCAUCUACUCUGGGAUUUGUGUGCUGGCAUUCUUCUUUGUCCGGUACACCAUGGUUGAAACGCGAGGGCGUUCCUUAGAGGAAAUGAGCCGACUCUUUGGGCUUGAGGACAAGUUCGCAGCAAGGGGAGGGAUCGACCCCGCAACGGCAUCUGAGUCGAAGAAUGGCGACAUUGUGCAUGAGCAGGUGGAGGAAGUGGACAAGUAG